ACCGAUCCAUCUCAUCCACCCUUUUGCUUCUCAAGACGAAGAGUGGAGCCCUCACUUCACAAAUUGGGAAUCGCCUCACCUUCGUCUCAUUGUUUUUGAAGAUCCACAAUUGCGGCUCAAGUCCGACAUACCCCCGGGAGGGACUCUCACCUUAAGAAGAAAACGACAAAUCCCGUGUCUUUCCGAGACCAUCGAAUAUUAUUUGGAGGGGGAAAAAAAAAAAAAUUACCCUUGCCUUGCCAUCCUCUCCAUCAAAAAGAGGAAAAGAAAAAAAAUGGCCUUCGGCAUUCGCGCCUCAAACCACCCUUCCCAAUACGCGACGACCGAGCGACCCCCUGUCUGCCCCUGCGCCAGGUGCUUCCACGGUGACAGUGAGGAACGCGCCUUGCGAGAGGCGUGCCGGGCUCCUGCCAAAGAGCUGAGCGACAUCAUCAUCGUCCCUGUGGGCCACAGGCUGCGGCUGUCGAACCCGUUCGCCGGGCUGGCGGCCGGGAGCGGCAGGUUUGGCCAUGCACUGGGGAAGAGGAGGAGUAUCGAUACGGUGGCUUCUGAUAUGAGACCACUGACGAAGAUAGAGUAGGGGAGUUUGGUUACGGGAAGACUUGUGGUGGCUGGGGUGGCAAGAAAUGUGGACGAAUUUGCUUUUGCCUUCACUUCUCAUCUUGAGACAUCGCGCUGCUGUGGUGUAACGCCGGGAUUUGGGUCGGGCUCGGGUGUCUCACACAGAAAACUCGCAGGCUCGAGGCUGUGAAGGGUUGGACGAGUGGACGUUAUUUCCUCCGUAGCCAUG